AUGACCCACAGUCCAGCCUUCUUCAAGGCAACUUGUAAAGUCCAAGGCGGUCCAGAUGCCACUUACAGCAUAAAUACCACAAACGUCGGCACUAUUGAGCAUGGUCCCCUGAUCGUCUAUUCUAUCAUCGGAGACUCGCAAAAACACGACACCACUCACCUGCUUGAAACCUACCUAGGCGCAUCUGUCAAGUGUGAAACCACUGUUACACCACCAAUGUCUAAAUACUAUGAAGUUCGUUGGAUUGCCCUUGAUCCACACAGUUCUCGUUCUCUUCGUGCAGGCCUCAUGACGCAACGUGUCGAGGCCAGCGACACGAUGAUUUCCACGACACUCUGGUUCGAUGCAGAUACUGCGCUCGGCAACUAUGAAUUAAUCUGCAGUUUUCAUCAGAUCAAACAACGUCAGACCCUGCUAGACACGCGCAUCAGACAGUCCAUAGCUCAGGUGACCCUACGACUUCGCUUGAAUCUGGUGGAGGCAUUUAAGCUGCAUCCGGAACAAUCCACUUACUUGACCACCGAUUCCAUUGUACUGUGUCAAGUCCGUUCGCCACUCAAUCCGAAGCCAAUUCUCAUGGCUACCGGAGGAUUUGCAGUCCAAAAGCAGCUACCUAACCCUUUCAAGAUUAGCGAGGAGAACACGCGACAAGGAACUCUCGUGGUGUCCUGUACGGUUCAACUAAACAAAAGGGUGAACCUCCGUCUGCGACGCAGCUACACUAUCUUCUUUAGGACACCCACCAAAUCCGGCUUAGCACUGACCCAUAAAUUUGCCAGUUGCAGUCCACAACUGAUGAUUGGGACGCCGAGCUACCUGUGGUAUAUACGUCAACACGAAGGCAACGGCUCUCGUCUACGUGUAUUACCCUAUGUCACACCUGACGUGGUUCUCUCGAAGGUCAUCGGACGGUGGGGUGUGGAUGGGCAAAACCUGACUCUCGGCUGUACUGUCACCUCCAGUCACUGGAAUGCGGAACUGGUGCACAUAUGUGAGCAGACGAUCGAAGUUGAUCAAGCAAGGCAGGACAAUAUCGUCUUCAUAUUCCACAACCGGCUAAUGAACAAUGCAAUUGUCUUUUUCCUCCUUCAAUUAGUCUUCCUGUUCGGAGUAUUUGCUCAGUUCAUGUUGCUCAGUAUGCCACACCAGCUGAGCGCUGACCUCACUGUAAUAAGGCUGAUUGCACGCCGAAGGGCAUACCUGGCUCUACAGGAGCAACGGGAAAUGAGGCGGAUGAGAAUGAGUGGUCGAAAAUCUAAGUGA